AUGAGUGGUGAAGAUGAUAUAACCCUGCAAAUAAAGCACAAACUAGCACUGUAUUUAAACAAGCCUGAGAAUGAGUCUUUGACAAAAACAGUGAUUGCGCAAGCUCAAGGAAAGACUCCCGAUGACUUUAUAAAGUUUACUCAAAUUAUUGGAUUAAAGAACGAUGAGCAUGCAAAGGACAUUUAUGAUAGUGUACAAGCUUCGAAGUCUAUUUUGUCGGCCACAGCACCUAAAAAGUCUCGACUCAAUACUCAAAAGUCUGGAAAACCUGCAAUUAGGCUAUCAUUUGAGGACGAUGAUGAUGAUAAUGAUAUGGACGAGAUUGUGAGUCCAAAUAUCAAAGUACAUUCCAAAGACAACACUCCCACUCAACCAAAGUUCAAAAAGCUUAGGAAAGAGGAUGCAGAGAAACUCAAAGAGAUGCCCCCUGGUGACGUGAAAAGAGAGUCACCAAAGGAAAAUAGUGAUUGUGAGUUGCCUCGUAUUCAAACUCACCGCCCCACAUCGAAUCAGCAGAAUGGAAGUCAAAAAUUGUCUUGGAAUUCAAGAGUAAAACAGCAAAACCUACCCAAUAUUUCUUCAAACGAAAGCACUGGUGGCUACUUCGACUCAAAAGGGGAGUACAUAGACUAUGAUCAUUCUCCUGGCAAUGAUUUCAAUCGCAUACCGAUAACUAGCCAUGUGUUGAUCCCCCCAUUCCUUGAAAAAGUAAAGGAACAUUUAACAUUGCAGAUAUCAGGCUCGAGCAUCAGAGGAGCAGGACCAACAGUUGAUCCAGUAAAGGAUUCCACUUCAGAGUUGGCAUCAAUGGCAAAGCAAGGGUCGUUGGUGGUGCAAACAAAAAGGUCGAAGCAGGAGAGGGCAAAACAAGUCAAAGAGAAAACAGGUGUAGCACAGAGUGAAAAAGUAGAAGAGCUUGGAGAGCAGCAGGAUGAGGGAGAACAAAAGAUUGAUUUUGAUAUCAUCCAGAAACAGAGGAAAAGUCUUCCAGCGUAUGCCGUGAAGGAUGAUGUUGUGUCAACAAUUAGAGACAAUCAAGUGACAAUAAUCAUUGGGGAAACAGGUUCAGGAAAAACAACACAACUAGCGCAAUUCCUCUACGAGCAAGGAUUAGCCACCACGACGACAGAUGAACGAAAGAUUAUCGGAUGCACUCAACCAAGACGAGUUGCAGCAAUGUCUGUGGCAAAAAGAGUCAGCGAAGAAAUGCAAGUGCAACUAGGAAAAGAAGUUGGAUAUUCAGUGAGAUUUGAUGACAAGACAGAUCCUCAAAAGACGGUUAUAAAGUACAUGACUGAAGGUAUUUUGUUAAGGGAGAUCUUGGCCGAUAAUACAUUGAGCGAGUAUAGCUGCAUUAUCAUUGACGAAGCCCACGAAAGAUCUCUCAACACCGAUAUCCUUCUUGGGCUAUUCAGAGGGUUGCUAACGAAAAGGCGAGAUUUGAAAUUAAUUGUGACUUCGGCAACAAUGAAUGCUGACCGAUUUACCAGAUUCUUUGGAGCAGCACCGCAAUUCACCAUUCCUGGAAGGACGUUCCCCGUUGAUGUUUAUUUCAACAAGAAUGUUACCAUGGAUUAUGUUGAAACAACAGUAAAGCAGAUCCUUUCCAUUCAUUUAAGCAAAGGAAGCGACCCCAAAUCCGAAUUUGUCAAUGAUGGUGACAUUCUUGUGUUUAUGACUGGCCAAGAAGAUAUAGAAAUCACAUGUGGCCUACUACGUGAAAAAUUAGAAAUGUUGGAGAACCCACCGCCUUUAGAGAUUUUGCCCAUUUACUCUACCAUGCCACAAGAAUUACAAAAGAGAAUAUUCAACAAGUCAAGUGUAAAAAAGAGGAAAGUUGUUAUUGCGACAAACAUUGCCGAAACCUCGUUGACAGUUGAUGGUAUCAAGUAUGUCAUUGAUUGCGGAUUAGUCAAAGUCAAGGUUUACAACCCCAAACUAGGGAUGGACACAUUACAAGUGGUCCCCAUUUCUUUAGCCAAUGCAGAGCAAAGAAGUGGUAGAGCUGGGAGAACCGGCGCUGGUGUUGCAUACAGACUAUACACGGAAAGAGCUACCGAUCCCCAAAAUAUGUAUCAGCAGCCUAUACCGGAAAUUCAGAGGACUAAUUUGAGCAAUACAAUGUUACUAUUAAAGUCGUUGAAUGUACAUGACAUCAACAAUUUUCCAUUUUUGGAUAGUCCCCCCAAGGAUUUGCUCAACUGUUCAUUAUACGAUUUAUGGGCAAUGGGUGCAUUGGACAACUUCGGCGAAUUGACUAAACUUGGACGUGACAUGAUUCAGUUCCCCAUCGAGCCCUCUUUAUCGAAGCUAAUUUUGUUGUCAACUGAGCUGUACUUUCGCUGUUCCGAAGAUGUGCUCACCAUUGUUGCUAUGUUGAGUGUUUCCAAUAUUUUCCAACGGUCAAAAGAAAGAGCCAAAGAGGCAGAUCUGGCACGAGAAAGGUUCAUUGUGGCGGAGUCAGACCACCUAACGCUACUUAACGCUUACACACAAUGGGAAACAAAUAUGAACAAAUUUGGCAGUAAUUGGAAUAGAAUCAACGAGUGGUGCAAUAGAAACUUUAUCCAGCAUAAAUCUUUGUAUCGCGCAAGAGAGAUUAGAAAGCAAUUGGCGUAUAUAAUGCAAAAGAAGAAUCUACCCUUCUACAGGGCCAAAAACGAUGAUGACAUUCGAAGGUGCCUAUGUGCCGCUUACUACCAUCAACUGGCUAAGCUCGUGAAAAUGGGAGUUAAUGGAACUCCCGAAUUUAUCAACCUACGUCAUAACUAUAUGAAGAUGUAUUUGCACCCUACUAGUGGGUUGUUGAACAGCAACUUGGGUCUGAACUUUGUCAUUUACCACGAUUUGAUCUUGACGUCAAAGGAGUACAUGAACUGUGUUACUUGCGUUGACCCCAUGUGGCUCCUAGAGUUUGGCUAUGUAUUUUACGGUGUUCCUGAAAGCUCUCGUGAUAAAUUAGUCGACACAAUGGGGAUCCACACUGGGGAGGAAUUCAAGCACCAACUUGAGAAUGAUCGGGUAUUGUAUGGGGAACGGAAUGCCAAAGCACAAACCUCCAACAACAAAGGGACCUCGACUACAAACAAAAAGAGUUUAUUGUUCCGAAAACGAAGGAGAAUGUAA